GAGGGGAUUGGGGUCUGACGGGAAGGGGUCCAGGCGCAGGGCUACAGGGAUGGGGUCCGAGGGAAGGGAACUGGAGCUCGAGGGGAAAGGGUCGGGGCGCAGAGAAAAGGGAUAGGGUCCGAGGGGAGGGGAUUUGGGCUCCAAGGGAAGGGAUCCGUGUGCAGGGGAAAGAGAUGGGGUCCGCGGGGUCAAGGCGCCUGGGGUCCACGGUUUGAGGGGCUCGCUGUGGGACGUGGGACGUGGCGGAGCAGCUGGAGAUCCACCCGGCCUGUACCUGAGCGAAGGUUUUGCAAUCAGGUCAAUGGAGGCAGCGAGGCGCGGCUGCAGCUAGUCGUGAGGCUCUAAAUUUGGAACCGUCCCUCCUUCGGGGUGUGUUUAAAAAUCACCAGAACGGUGCUUUGGGGCUUUCUGUUACGUUUCCAUCACCUGGAUAGUCUAACGGAUGCCUGAUCCCCGGCGCUGGAAGGCCUCGGACGGAAUCAUUCCCCAAUGCCUGGAAAUUCCUCAUUGGAUUACUGUGUUUCAAACAGAGUUUUGUGAACAGCCUUUUAUCUCCAAGCGGAAAGAAAGAUGUGGAAAGCUUCAGCAGGCCACGCUGUGUCCAUCACCCAGGAUGACGCGGGGGCCGAUGACUGGGAGACCGACCCCGAUUUUGUGAAUGAUGUGAGUGAGAAGGAGCAAAGAUGGGGUGCCAAGACCGUGCAGGGCUCCGGGCAUCAGGAGCAUAUCAACAUCCACAAGCUGAGGGAGAAUGUCUUUCAAGAACAUCAGACCCUUAAGGAGAAGGAGCUUGAAACGGGACCCAAAGCCUCCCACGGCUAUGGAGGGAAAUUUGGUGUGGAACAAGACCGAAUGGAUAAGUCAGCUGUCGGCCACGAAUAUCAGUCAAAACUUUCCAAGCACUGCUCACAGGUAGACUCGGUCCGCGGCUUCGGAGGCAAGUUUGGUGUCCAGAUGGACAGAGUUGAUCAGUCUGCCGUAGGCUUUGAAUACCAGGGGAAGACUGAGAAGCACGCCUCCCAGAAAGACUACUCCAGUGGUUUUGGCGGCAAGUACGGCGUGCAGGCUGACCGAGUAGACAAGAGCGCGGUGGGCUUCGACUACCAGGGCAAAACGGAGAAGCACGAGUCACAGAGAGAUUACUCCAAAGGUUUCGGUGGCAAAUACGGCAUCGACAAGGACAAAGUGGAUAAGAGCGCCGUUGGCUUUGAGUAUCAAGGCAAAACGGAGAAGCACGAGUCCCAGAAAGACUAUGUGAAAGGGUUUGGAGGAAAAUUUGGUGUGCAGACAGACAGACAAGACAAAUGUGCCCUUGGCUGGGAUCACCAGGAGAAAUUGCAGCUGCAUGAAUCCCAAAAAGAUUAUAAGACUGGUUUCGGAGGCAAAUUCGGUAUUCAGUCGGAGAGGCAGGACUCCGCUGCUGUGGGGUUUGAUUACAAGGAGAAGUUGGCCAAGCACGAGUCCCAGCAAGACUACUCCAAAGGAUUCGGCGGGAAGUAUGGGGUACAGAAGGAUCGGAUGGAUAAGAAUGCGUCCACCUUUGAGGAUGUCACCCAGGUGUCCUCUGCCUACCAGAAGACAGUACCUGUUGAAGCUGUGACCAGCAAAACAAGUAACAUCAGAGCUAACUUUGAAAACCUCGCUAAGGAGAAGGAGCAGGAGGACAGGCGGAAGGCGGAGGCAGAGAGAGCCCAGCGGAUGGCGAAGGAGCGGCAGGAGCAGGAAGAGGCCAGGAGGAAGCUGGAGGAGCAAGCCAGAGCGAAAACGCAAACGCCCCCUGUGUCGCCUGCACCUCAGCCAACCGAGGAGAGGCUGCCCUCGAGCCCCGUCUAUGAGGACGCGGCUUCCUUCAAGGCAGAGCUGAGCUACAGAGGCCCUGGUAGUGAGACGGAGCCGGAGCCCUUGUACAGCGUGGAGGCCGCUGACUAUCGAGAGGCCGGCAGCCAGCAGGGCCUGGCCUACGCCACAGAGGCUGUCUACGAAAGCGCAGAGGCCCCAGGCCACUAUCCCACAGAGGACAGCACCUACGACGAGUACGAGAAUGACCUGGGGAUCACAGCCGUUGCCCUGUACGACUACCAGGCUGCGGGUGAUGAUGAGAUCUCGUUUGACCCCGAUGACAUCAUCACCAACAUCGAGAUGAUUGACGAUGGCUGGUGGCGUGGGGUGUGCAAGGGCCGGUACGGGCUCUUCCCAGCCAACUACGUGGACCUGCGGCAGUAGGACCCCCAGCACCCAGCCCCCGGAGCUGCGCCCCGGAUCCUCACACUACAGAUCAGGCCUUCUUUGGUUCUUGGGUUUUGGGUUUUUUUGUUUUUUUUUUUUUUUUUGAAGGUGGGGAGGAGAAUAUACACAUUGCUUUUAUAUUUAAUACUUUUGCUGAUGCUUUUGAGAAUGUUUAUGCCACAGAAUUUGCUAAUAUAUUGUAAUCACAUUCCUUAGAGGACUUUGGUAAUUGGUUUUAUGCAUUGAUGGAUUGAUGGGUUUUUUUUGUUUUAUUUUUUGCCAAAUUGACUGUCACACGCGGCAGCUUCAGGGAGCUUGCAUUCUCUUGAGUGCGUGUUGCCCUCGUGCUCAUCAAGUGCAGUCGGGGCCUCCCACAACAAGCACGAGGCCUCAGGUGGGCCCUGCGGCGGGUAGGCAGGAAGGACUGUCCUGGGCCCUGCGGCGGGUAGGCAGGAAGGACUGUCUCAGACGAGGGCUCCCUCUAGAGUCUCAGCGUUUGGGGGGAGAGGGGCGGGCCUGCUGGAGGUUAACACAGAGCUAAGUCACCCAGAACACAGGAGCUGCCACGUCAGAUGGGAAAUCUGCCUGUGUCAUACCGUGACAGCCCGCAGGAUCAGGUGCCUUCUAGCAGAGACCCUGGAUUUUUUCCUGUGCCCACCCCGGCUCGUCCUCAUCUCUAUUCAUCCCUAUGCCCAGGUCGCUGGGAGGGCUGCUGGGAGCCUCUUCUGCCCCUGCCGGGCAGCGUCACCAAGUCCUUGAAAUCUUCCCCUGCCCCGCAGGUCUCUGGACUGGCACAGUGCAGUUGAGGUCUGCGUUGGGCUUUUCUUUUCACACAGGCUGAUGUCUUGACCGUCACCCAGGUGGUCCGUGGGCCACCGGGCAGCCUGGGGCGGUAUAUGUGCCGUGUCACAGCACGGCCUCUCAGCCUUGGGAAGGAAGUCAGUGCCUGCUCUGCUGUGAGCCACCAGGAGCCUCCUCCCAUCAGUGGGGUGUAGUCUUUUUGCCAAAAUAUCAUGUUCAAUUACGGUAGUUUGAUGAGCUGAAGGCUAGAAGUGUGAAGUGCAGAUGAGUGCGUGUUCCUCCCCAAGGCCCCCCACAGCUCUGGGACGCCGCUGUCCUGGCAUUUGUGGCCACUCACUUUGUAGGAAACUCACCUCCUUCCUGAGGAGCCGGGAGGCUGGACCAGUCCCGUCGUGCAGUCAGGUGGGCGGUGUGUCGUUCCAGAAGGUCCCGUGGAAAUGUCCUGGGACUUGGGUCCCGGAGCACCCGUGAAGCGCGUGUUUUUGCUUCUGAGGUGCGUUUCUCAUCAUCCUUGCUUUACCACAAUAAGCAAUGAGGUCGGGUUUUAUAUGCAACUUAUUGUAUCUGAAUUCCUGUAGCACACCUCAUAGGUAUGAUUUUUUUAAAUUAAAGAAUUCAGAAUAAACUUUUUUUGAUCCACUUG